AUGGGUGCAUCAAGCAAGAUCAUCGAUGAUGUUCACGGCAGCGUGAUGGACAUCGCACUCGGCUCCCUUCGGGCGCGCAACACACCUAUGCUCAAGGUCGAAGGCUUGUACUGGAUCCUCGACGAAAACCUGCGCCCUGCCAUCGUCGUCGGCUACGGAACCAACGACCCAGAGAAGAUGUCGAGCAUCCACCACAUCAUCAAGUUCCACGUUCGUAAGCGUCCUAUCUUCAACGUUGUCUCCGCCAUGGAGGACUAUAGUGUCAAGCACACUCGUGUCGCCACGCCCAACGUGGUGCUCUUCGACGAAAAGAUCCCUGCGCCAAACAUCAAGGCGGCCAGAGAUUACCUCGAGGCUCAGUACAAAGACUAUGUCCUCGAUGUUGUUGAUGCCUUCCGCGGUCGUAAAUUCGUGGUUCAGUUCGAGACCAAGGCAGAUGUCGGCAAGGCCAAGAAGAAGGCCAAGAUCGUCAAGGCAAGAGCGGUCAAGCAAAAGAAAAUCGCACGCACCAUCGUCGAAGACGACGACGAGGAUGGUCCCUUGCGCUGCUUGACCCCCAUCAGGAAGUACGCCAGCGCUCAGCCUGAACGCGCCGACAGUCUCAUGGGCGAAGCUGGCAGUCCCAACUUCACCUACAAGAAUUCUGCCGACGGUCUGACACUUGUGAUUGACCCUAACGUUCCCAUCAUCUCGAUCGAAGACGGUGGCCAUGGGCUCAGCACCUCUAACAAGCCUGACGACAACUUUCACGGCUUCACCACCCCGAUCAGCAUAAACCACACUGCCUGCGACUUGCUGAACAGCUCGCCCACUGCAUGCACUGCUCAGCAAGCUCUCUUUGAGCCUUGCUGA